UUGACAGCCGACGUGGAGCUGUCAUCGGCAAACACAUACGAAUAACGGGGUCUACGCGGCAGUCGACAAUCGUCUCAUUUAGCUGGAAAUUCUGAAUCAAAGCGGAGAAUCCCCAAUAUCUGACUAGACAUGGACAAGGUUGUUAAGUUUGCCGAGCCGGGACGCGCCUUCGCCAAGGACUCGAUCCGUCUGGUCAAGCGGUGCACCAAGCCCGACCGCAAGGAGUUCCAGAAGAUCGCCAUCGCCACUGCUGUUGGCUUCUGCAUCAUGGGCUUCAUCGGCUUCUUCGUUAAGUUGAUACACAUCCCCAUCAACAACAUCAUCGUGGGCUCUUAAACGCGCUCAGUGGCAAGGAAUCCACCAAUCAUCCAUUAUAGCAUACAUCAGAUCAACGUUUUUUUUCGAUUAGUUAACAUGCAUUAUAUGUAUGGACCAUGUGCAUUCAGCGAAUGCCUUUCUAACAAAAUUCUACACAUAUGCGAAAACGUAUUGCAAUAUUUCGAUAUUCCAUUCACAACCACAUGUUGAAGUGCAUGAACAAGUAGUUAAUAAGAUUCAAUUGUAAAAAGGAAUCACACGUUUUCAUAGCAUUUGUUUGGGGUGCGCCCCGCUAAUAAAUGUUAACCUGAUUUUCCGUGUACAAA